AUGUCCAGCCUCGAUGAUCUUUUCAAGAAACCAGCUCUUCCAAGCAAUAAGCGCAAGCUAGACGCAUCUCGGGACCCAAAUGAAAUCUACAAAGCUGCAAAACUCUCCGCAAAUGGCCACGCCAAGAACAACGGCAAAGCAGCCGCAGUCGAAAAGGCAGACGACGAUGUAGAAGCUGGACCCUCAACACCUCCUGAUGACGAAGACUAUGGACCGGACAUACCAGACGAUGAAGAGGGACGAUUCUUUGGCGGCGGAGUGACACAAGAAGAGAACGAGAUUCUGGAUUAUAUGGAAGGGCAAAAAUCUGCUGAGGUAGCGCCAGAAAAAAUCGACUCAGCGUGGCUGCGGAAACUGGCUCUCAAUUUCGAGAAGAAGAUCACGAAGAACGCAGAGUUGAGGGCGAAGUUCGAGAGCGAACCACAGAAGUUUAUGGGCAGUGAGGCGGACUUGGAUGCAGAUAUCAAGGCAUUGAGCAUAUUGGCUGAGCAUCCAGAGCUAUACGGAGAAUUCGCGAAGCUGGGAUGUGUGGCCAGCUUGGUGAGCUUGUUGGCGCAUGAGAAUACGGAUAUUGCGAUCGAUGCUGUCGAAAUAAUCAGCGAGUUGACGGAUGAAGAUGUUGAGGCGGAGCAGGAGCAGUGGACGGUCUUGGUAGAUGCUAUGAUUGAGGCCGAUCUACUGGAUCUUCUGAUCUCGAAUUUUGCGCGGCUGAAUGAGAACAACGAGUCAGAUCGGAGUGGAAUUUACUAUGCUUUGAGCGUGCUGGAAAAUCUAGCUUCACAGACAUCUUUAGCGGAAAAGAUUGGGCAGGAUACGACUGUUCUGAAUUGGCUGCUGGAUCGAAUACCGGAGAAGGAAUCACCUGUCAGUCAGAACAAACGAUAUGCGGCGGAGGUGAUGGCUAUUCUGUUGCAGUCAUCACCCUUAAACCGGAAGAAGCUGUGCGAGCUAGAUGGUGUUGAUUUGCUACUACAGAUACUUGCAGCCUACCGGAAACGAGAUCCACUGAAAGGCACGGAAGAGGAGGAAUUCGUGGAAAAUGUCUUCGAUUCCCUCACCUGCGUGGCGGAUGAGCCGGAAGGAAAGCAAAAGUUCGUGGAAGCAGAAGGAGUUGAGCUCUGCCUGAUCAUGAUCGAAGAGGGCAAAAUGAGCAAAUCACGAGCAUUACGGCUGAUAGAUCAUGCUCUUAAUGGGCAAAGCGGCCCAGGAGUGUGUGAAAGAUUAGUCGAAGCUGCGGGACUCAAGGUCGUAUUUGGAAUGUUCAUGAAGCAACAAGAUGGCCAAACAACAGAACACCUUCUGGGGAUCUUCUCUUCGUUACUCCGAUUAUUGCCAGCGAAUUCCUCAGGACGAAUACGGACUUUAGCGAAGUUCGUAGAGAAGGACUACGAGAAGUUAGGGAAGCUGGUGAAACUACGAAGAGACUAUGCUGCGAGAGUAGCUGUUAUGGACAAUGAGAUCAGAAAUGAGCAAACGAAAAUGGAUGCAGAGGAAAGAGAGGAGAUGGCCGACGAAUGGGACUCGAGGAGGUUGGAUGCAGGGUUAUUCUGUUUACAGACGAUUGAUGUUAUUUUGGCUUGGCUGGUUGCUGAAGAUGAUGGCGCGUACAAGAGGAUUCAAAGUCUUUUUGCGGAUCGUGAUGAGUCUUUGGUGGUGGUCAAGGCUACGAUUCAAGAGCAACUGGACGCCAUAGUUGGAGAAACAGAAGAGGAGACCAUGACGAAAGACAUGCUUAGUACAUUAGUACAAUUCUUGACAUAG